CUAGUAGAGCAGACGAUAUUUGAUAUUCACGUUGCAUUGUGGGAAGAGCAUAAAAUGAUAAUUUUGACAUCCACUGUGAUAUUAUCUAUCAAUUUGUGAAAAAUGGGACCAAAUAUUUAAUAGAAACCCAUUUGAGGUGUUCCCUCAUCAUCACAAGAACUAAUUAACAUAUAGUAAGAUAGACUAUUUGGUCAAGAGCUUAUAUAUGUGCUGCAAAUGAAUCUGAGAAGCAAUAAGCAGAUACAUAAGAUACAUUGUUGUCCUGUAUUGCAUACAGGGUGUUUCAAAAAAUGGCAACUUGUGACUUGAACAGGAAUGGAGUUUUUUGAUAGGGGUCUACUAAUUAUGGAAUAAAACAAUACUGCCAACCUUACAUUAGUAAUACACUCCAAGACGAGGGAUAAGGUAAUUCGGGCCUGUUGGCCUAACGAUGUGAUCAUGACCUGAGCCUGAGGAGCGAUCUAUUAAUAGGAUUGGAGGGAUUUGUUGCCUAGCCACAAUUAGUUAAUAGCUCAGAGUUCCUGUCUGAGGGUGUUGGAGAUUGACACCUGAAAGUCUACACAAACGGUUGAAUGUUUAAUAUGUGUAUUUUCUGAUGCGGAGCUCCUCUUUCAAAGGUUCACUAUGUCCUUUAACUUGGGUUGAGAUGUCCGCUUCAGAACUCCAGAGGAGAAUUGUCUCAUGAUGAUACCAGGCUGUCGCACAUGAUAUGUCCACAGUUCGGCCUGCAGAUGGCGAGCUGUGGGAUGUAUCGCUCAGAAUAAUGUACACAAACGUUUUACAAACUUGGUGCACAUCUCUAGCACCUUCUACACAGGAACUGUAAAUACCCAGCAUUAUCUUGAGACACACCCUCCUUCCUUGAGAAUUUGAAAUCUGGUUUAUCCGACAUUUUACAGUGCAUGAUUCCUUUGCAUGUUCUCUCGGUGUUGUCACCUAAUUUUCCCUGUUUCUCCUUCUGGGUUUGAAUGGUCUCCACUCCUAAUUGAACCACCAUGAAAUACGCCCUGAUGACCCUCAUACUCGCUAUAAUCCUAUGGUACGCUAAAAACUUAUACAUGUAUUACCAACAGCAACCCACCGACCGGCCAACAAUGACGUACAUCGAGACAUCAGGUCUGCACAUCGACCUUCAUAGCCGGAGAUUAACCUUGAAGAACCCGAGUGGAAAAUUGCUACUGACUGGUGACAUCGGGAAAUUUCUUGAUCAAGAUGCGGCUUUUAAAUGCUCAGAAGGUUCAGGGCUGAUUUGUGCAAAAUGGGACAAUACCGCAACACUUAAAGUCCUCACCCGGGAACUGCAGGAUGGUAUCAUUUGCUAUGAUAUUCAAUGGGACGCUUUGAACCCCAAAGUCGUACCGGUUGAUAGUGUUAAUAUAGGUUCAGGGCAUUGGUACGGUGGACCAGAACUUUACGAACAACAUUGGCCAAUCAAUGAGCAGAAAGUUUUAAUGCAGCCGUAUGUCACCAAUGACUAUCUCCAGGCAACAACAAGUCCAUAUUAUGGAUCUGUCCUAGAACGCUAUUGGUUGAAUUCUGCAGGGGUUGGCGCAACUGUUGCUUUGGAUGUUCCGCUUCAUAUGUCAGCAAAUGCGCAGAAUGACGGGAAGUUUACUUUCAAGUCUGAAUAUUCUUUGCCAUAUGAGAACCUGAGCUCGAGAUUACCACAUCUGCAUUAUACACUAUGCGUUGGGCAUGAUAUGAAAUCUGUCCAUCAAUAUAUGCAGAAGACGUAUCUUGGCUGGCCGAUGGAUACUCCUGAUAUUCGCAUGCUCAAGUCACCUGUUUGGUCAACUUGGGCAAGGUAUAAAAUGCAUGUGAAUCAAGAAAAGGUUCUCCAGUAUGCCCAGGAAAUCAUGGAUCAUGGUUUUCCUAACAGCCAGUUGGAAAUUGAUGAUAUGUACACAACCAAAUAUGGAGAAUUCGAUUUCGAUACAACGAAAUUCCCUGAUGCUAAAACCAUGGUGAAGACACUUCAUAGAAAUGAAUUUCGUGUCACAGCUUGGAUUGUACCAUUCGCUAAUACUGAUACAAAUGCAUUCAAUGAAGGAAUGAGCAGGGGCUUCUGGGUAAAGGAUAAACGUGGACGUGUCCCAGCACUCACAAAAUGGUGGCAAGGCGUCGGUGGGUUAAUUGAUGUGACAAAUCCUGAUGCCGUCAACUGGUUCGUCUCGAGGCUGAAGAAGUUCCAAAAGACAUACAAUCUUGAUUCCUUCAAAUUUGAUGCUGGGGAGUCUUUCUAUGUUCCUCACUGCAUCACCACACAUUCCCAGAUGGCAAAUCCCUCAGAAUACACAACUAAAUAUGCCGCUCUUGUGGUGCAGUUUGGCGCAAAUGUGGAACUCCGCGCUGCCUAUCAGUCGCAGAAAUACCCAAUAUUCGUCAGGAUGUUUGAUAAGGAUUCAUACUGGGGUUACAACAAUGGAUUAAAAACCCUCAUUCCAACAGUCUUCCAGUUCGGAAUCCUUGGAUACCCAUACAUUCUCCCAGAUAUGAUUGGUGGAAAUGCCUACGGUUGGACGACAGACUCAACCGGCUCUGUUGAUCCGCAGUCUUUUGCAAGCGGAGACCCUGUUCUUCCAGAUCGAGAGUUAUACAUCCGUUGGAUGCAGUUGACAACAUAUUUACCCAGCAUGCAGUUCUCGCUUGCACCAUGGCAGUAUGAUGAGGAGGUGGUGGAGAUUGCACGGCGGAUGAUGAAGAUACAUGAGGAGGUUGUGACGCCCAUUAUUCUUGAGGCAGCUAAGCAGACAAAGGAAGAUGGCUCGCCAAUCAUCCGGCCACUCUGGUGGCUAGAUACCCAAGAUGACAACUGUCUGAACAACGAUUCCGAGUUCCUUGUCGGUGAUGAAAUCUUAGUCGCACCAGUCCUGGACGAGGGGGCCAAGUCUCGUGAUAUCUACAUCCCUCGUGGCAUCUGGCUUGACGAACAGACAAGGGAGACACUCCACGGUCCAACAUGGCUGAGAAAAUACCCCGCUCCGCUGACGACUGUUCCCACAUUUCGUGCUGUGCGGAACUGAGCAUUUAUGAACUUUAUAAGUCUUCCAUUUUCGUUAUUCUGAACUCUUUCUCGGGAAACUUACAAUGGUUGCUGAGGGUGACCCAAAAGGCAACUGCAGCCUUGAAGACGAUAGCCCAGAAUUAUAUCUGCAUUCCAAUUCUAACAACUGAAGUAUUUUCAGGUUUAAUCAAUACAAUCAUAUUUUUUCUUAAAAUCUAUAUUUUUUGUUGAUAAUUAAAUAAUUCAAGGCUGAUUAUGACUAGUAGUUCAUAUUUUGGUUCUUGAUAUAUUUGAUUUGAUUUUGUUGAGAUUUUCGAGAUAUAUAUUUAUGGACAUAGUUUUUGUCCCAUCAUUUGAGUAAUAUAUUCAAUAUAGUCUUGAAAUGCCUGCCCAAGUUUAGGAACUAUAUCUGCUAGUCAAUGAGUGAUACACUUGUGAUACUGAUCAGGCCAACAGACAGUUAUUAAAGGAGAAGUACCCGUCAUGAUCAUAACUGUGACACUGAGCUGCAAAAGACUGUUCAUCAGGGAACCUCAAAAAUGCAAUUGAAUGUGGAUUACAGUACAAAAAUGCAAUUGAAUGUGGAUUACAGUACAAAAAUGCAAUUGAAUGUGGAUUACAGUACCUGAUAUAAUUCAUAACAGGGAGAGUGCUCAAACACCUUUUGUCUUUAUGAUAUACCAGGGAGCAAGCGAUAAUAAGUUGUUUAAAAGGAUGGGGCAGCGUUUUUUCCUUUUAUCAAAAAUCGGUCAAUAAAUAAUUUUUAUUUCA